UAUUAAUAUAUCUUCCAAAGAUUUAACUCCUCGGCCAAGCAAAAGCAACACACCGUCGAUAUUUGUUCGUUCUUUGCAUAGCUCCGGCGAUCGAUUACCUUCCUUCACCAUGGCAUUUCCGUACAUGGAAGCUGUUGUUGGUUUUAUGAUAUCAAUGUAUAUUUUUGAAACUUAUUUGGAUAUUCGGCAACACUCUGCUCUGAAACUGCCAACUCUUCCCAAAACUCUGGAAGGAGUUAUAAGCCAAGAGAAAUUUGAAAAAUCCCGGGCUUACAGUCUCGAUAAAAGCCACUUCCAUUUUGUUCACGAGUUCGUAACUAUAGUGAUGGAUUCUGCUAUACUUUUUCUUGGAGUACUGCCAUGGUUUUGGAAGAAAUCUGGAGAGUUUGUGGUGUUGGUUGGCCUCAAUGCCGAAAAUGAAAUUCUCCACACUCUUGCAUUUCUAGCUGGGGUCAUGAUUUGGUCACAGGUUACAGAUCUACCAUUUUCUCUCUACUCAACUUUUGUGAUCGAAUCCCGUCAUGGUUUUAAUAAACAAACAAUAUGGUUAUUCUUCAGGGAUAUGAUUAAAGGGAUUUUGUUGUCCAUCUUAAUUGGCCCACCAAUUGUUUCUGCAAUCAUUAUAAUAGUACAGAAAGGAGGCCCUUACCUUGCCAUCUAUCUUUGGGCGUUUAUGUUCACAUUAUCUCUUGUGAUGAUGACCCUUUAUCCCAUUCUUAUAGCCCCUCUUUUCAAUAAAUUUACCCCUCUUCCUCCAGGUGACCUCAGGGAGAAGAUUGAGAAACUUGCUUCCUCCCUCAAGUUCCCACUGAAGAAGUUGUUUGUUGUUGAUGGAUCCACGAGAUCAAGUCAUAGCAAUGCUUACAUGUAUGGUUUCUUCAAGAACAAGAGAAUUGUCCUCUAUGAUACCUUGAUCCAACAGUGCAAAAAUGAUGAGGAAAUUGUUGCUGUCAUAGCACACGAGUUGGGGCAUUGGAAGCUAAAUCAUACGAUGUACUCAUUCAUUGCAUUACAGAUUCUUACACUUUUGCAAUUUGGGGGCUAUACCUUGGUGAGGAAUUCCAGUGAUUUGUUUCGAAGUUUUGGGUUUGAUACUCAGCCAGUGCUUAUUGGACUCAUCAUAUUUCAGCACACUGUAAUACCUCUCCAGCACCUAGUAAGCUUUGGUCUCAACCUUGUGAGCCGAUCUUUUGAGUUCCAGGCUGAUGCCUUUGCAAAGAAACUUGGUUAUUCUGCAGCUCUUCGUGCUGGUCUUGUCAAACUACAGGAGGAAAAUUUGUCUGCAAUGAAUACAGAUCCCUGGUAUUCCGCAUAUCAUUAUUCUCAUCCUCCGCUUGUUGAAAGAUUGGCUGCACUCGACCGAGCAGAUAAGAAGGAGGAAUAAGAUACCACCUCGCCUGUUAUAUCAUAUCAAGCAGGUGAAUUGACGUUCUACUACACUACCUGAUUGACUUUGUUUGGUGAGGGGUGGGGAGAAAGGGAUUCUAGAGAAUCUCGCAAAGGAAGGGGGGACGCAUGUUUGUUCUAGUUUUACACAGGAAAAGAAAAAAAAGUUUCUUUUUUCUUUUUCUUUGCUUGUUAUUGACCUACUGUGAAGGAAAUGAGAGAGGAACUAAUCACUAAGAUCAUAUUAUCACUCUGUAUGAACUCGAUCAGACUCUUCUUUGCAUAACAAUCAGGAGGUAGAAUUAUGUUGUACCUUUUGUUUCUUUUUUAAAAAAGUGUAAUUCUGCUGACAAUACUGAGGGAUUCAAUGCAAUUUUGUUAAUUAUUGUUGGU